AUGCCUCUUCCCUGUCCGGCUGGUACCUACACAAACCUUACUGGACAAGAUAAAUGUAGCCUCUGUCAUGCUGGAUACUACUGCCCAGAGAGCACCAACAACUACACUAAGUUUCCAUGCCCUCCUGGAUUCUACUGUCCUGAUGGCACAACACAUGCCACUCAGUUUCCAUGCCCAAGAGGCUACUAUAACCCUGAGCCUAUGACCCAGAGCCUGGACAGCUGUCUGCCCUGCCUGCCAGGCCACUACUGUGAGAAGGAAAGAUUAACAGCUGUGUCUGGGAAAUGCAAGGCUGGUUGGUUUUGUGUCUCUGCUGCCUGGAACCCUCAACCCUUCGAUCUGGAUAAUUACACCAGUGCUAACUGUCUGUGUCCAGCCUCCUCCACUGGUGGACGAUGUCAGGCAGGGUUUUUCUGCCCAGCAGGGAGCUCUGAACCUACACCCUGCCCUCCUGGGGCCUUCUGCAAUUCCACAGGUUAUUGGUGUCCCCCUGGCCAGACUGAUGACCUAGCUGUACCUUGUCCGCUCGGUCAUCAUUGUCCCCCAGGAAGCCCUGCUCCAGUUCUCUGCCCCUCUGGGACUUACCAGGACAAGAAAAAGCAGGCCAACUGCACAGUCUGUGAAGAGGGUUUUUACUGUGACGAUAGUUUUGGAGUCAAUAAUGUAUCUGUCCUGCAGUCAUGUCCUAAAGGAUAUUACUGCCCUAAAGGAACCCGCUAUGCCACACAAUUUCCCUGUCCUGUUGGAAGCUACAACCCAAAAGAGGGUGCUGACAGCUUAAGCAGCUGUCUUUUGUGUCCUGCAGGACACUUUUGCCCAUUUUUUGGCUUAGCAGAGCCUGCAGGGUUGUGCAUAUCUGGGUACUGGUGCAGAGAGGGCUCCCAUUCAGCCAGUCCUUCUGCUGGACCAUCAGGAUCACUUUGUCCAGUUGGACACUACUGCCCUAAUGGUACUAUCAGCCCUAUGCCAUGUCCAUUAGGCACCUUGUCAAACAGCACAGGCCUGAGGAGUGAAGAUGAGUGUCAGCCAUGCCCUAGAGGAUUCUACUGUGCUACUACUGCCCUGUCUUUGCCCACUGGACUCUGUUCUGAAGGGCCUCUCAGUGUUGGCCCUGCACUGCUGGGUGGUACUGUGCGCACGGAGCUCGCUUACUCUGUCCACAAGGCUUUUACUGUCCAGAAGGCACAGCUUAUGAGUGGAGAGCUUGUCCAUCAGGUACCUACGGCCCAGACUCUGGCUUAA